UUAAACCCACCCGCGUCGCGGUGCCUCACCGCACACGCGCAUGCCUCCCCCCUUGCCUCGCUGCGCCGCCGAACGAUGGAGCUGCAGCUCGUGGCCGUGCUCGCCUCGCUCGCCCUCGGCGGCGCGCUGCUAGUGCUCUUCUUCGGCAAGUGGUGGCAGCCGCUAGCCGACGCGGACAAGCGCGUCGAGGAGCUGUCUGACGCGGUGGAGGCCCUGCUGCGGCUGCGGGCGGAGUUUCUGGGCCACGACCCGGCGCCGACGUCGGAUCCCGUGCGGGCGUGGCUGCGGCGCGUGCAGGAGGCGCAGGAUGAGGUCGCGUCCAUCAAGGCGCGUCACGACGGCGGGCAGCUGUACGUGAUCCGCCUCCUGCAGUACCUCUUCCUCCCCACGGGCCCCGUCGCGGGGCUGGCCGCGCAGCAGCUUAAGCCGGUGCGCGCGCUCCGGGACCAGGGCGCGGCGCUCCUCGAGGCCGUGCUGGCAACGCCGCAGGCACCGCCUCCCCUGCUCUGCCAGCCCGAGGACCUCGAAGACCUCCCCGCGGAAUCGGCGGGGGCCGCGAGGGCCCACCUCAACGAGGCGCUCCGGUUCCUCGGCGACCCAGACGCCGCGCUCGGCGUCUGGGGUGCCGGCGGCGUGGGCAAAACCACGGUGCUGAAGCUGGUGCGCGACGUGUGCGGCCGCGUCGCGCGGUUCGACCACGUCCUGCUCCUGGCGGCCUCCAGGGACUGCACCGUGGCCAAGUUACAGAGGGAAGUGGUGGCCGUGCUCGGGCUGCGGGACGCGCCGACAGAGCAGGCGCAGGCCGCCGGGAUUCUGAGCUUCCUGAGGGACAAGAGCUUCCUCCUGCUGCUGGACAGCGUGUGGGAACGCCUGGACCUGGAGAGGGUCGGCAUCCCGCAGCCCCUCGGCGUGGUGAACGGCAAGGUGAGGAAGGUCAUAGUGGCGUCAAGGCGCGAGGCGGUGUGCGCCGACAUGGGCUGCCGCAAGAAGAUCAAGAUCGAGCGUUUGAACGAGGAGGAUGCGUGGAGUCUGUUUGAAGCCAAUGUUGGCGGUGACAUCAUCCAUCGCCACACUCAAAUUCCCACACUUGCGAGACAGGUGGCUGCAGAAUGCAAAGGAUUGCCUUUGGCCGUCGUCACCAUAGGCCGCGCCAUGUCAAAUAAGCGCACACCGGAGGAAUGGGCUGAUGCACUCGACACCCUUAAGGCGUCGCAGCUCUCGACUACGCCCGGUUCCGACAAGAGCACGCACGCUCUAGUGAGGUUUUGCUACGACAAUCUGGAUAGCGACAUGGUGGGGGAAUGCUUCCUGACCUGCGCGCUCUGGCCCGAGGACCACAGCAUCUCGAAGGACGAGCUCGUGCAGUGCUGGAUCGGACUCGGCCUGCUCCCCGAGCUCACCGACAUCGACGAGGCGCACCGGUUCGGGCACUCGGUGAUCGCCAUCCUGGAGGCCGCGCGCCUGCUGGAGCCGGGGGACAACCACCGGUACAACAUGUACCCGUCCGACACGCACGUCAGGCUCCACGACGUCGUUCGCGACGCGGCGCUCCGGUUCGCGCCCGGCAAGUGGCUGGUCCGCGCGGGCGCCGGGCUCAGGGAGCCCCCGCGCGAGGAGGCACUGUGGCGCGACGCGCGGCGCGUGUCCCUGAUGCACAACAGCAUCGAGGACGCGCCGGCGAAGGCGGGAGGCGCCCUCUCGGACGCGCAGCCGGCGUCGCUGAUGCUCCAGUGCAACCGCGCCCUGCCGAAGAUGAUGCUCCAGGUGAUCCAGCAUUUCACCAGGCUCACGUACCUGGACCUCGAGGACACCGGCAUCCAGGACGCCUUCCCCAUUGAGAUCUGCUGCUUGGUCAACCUGGAGUACCUCAACCUAUCCAAGAACCGGAUCCUGUCGCUGCCAAUGGAGCUGAGCAACUUGAGCCAGCUCAAGUACUUCUACAUGCGCGACAACUACUACAUCCAGAUCACCAUAGCUCCAGGGCUGAUCUCGCAGCUCGGGAAGCUGCAGGUCUUUGAGGUGUUCACCGCGAGCAUCGUCUCCGUGGCGGACGACUACGUCUCGCCGGUCAUCGACGACCUCGAGAGCAGCGGAGCGCGCAUGGCGUCGCUCAGCAUCUGGCUGGACAACACCCGCGACGUGGAGAGGCUCGCGCGGCUGGCUCCGGGCGUGCUCGUCCGGUCUCUCCACCUGCGCAAGCUGGACGGCGCGCGCGCCCUGCCGCUGCUGUCCUCGCAGCACGCGCCGGAGCUCGGCGGUGUGCAGGAGAGCCUGAGAGAGCUGGUGGUCUACUCGUCGGACGUCGAGGAGCUCGUCGCCGACGCGCACGCGCCUAGGCUGGAGAUCGUCAAGUUUGGGUUCCUGACGAAGCUGCGCGUCAUGGCGUGGUCCCACGGCGCGUCGUCCAACCUCCGGGACGUGGCCCUCGGCGCGUGCCACUCCCUGACGCACCUGACGUGGGUGCAGCACCUCCCCUGCCUGGAGUCGCUCAUCCUCAGCGGGUGCAACGGGCUGACGAGGCUGCUGGGCGGCGCCGAGGACGGCGGCAGCGCCGCGGAGGAGGUGGUCGCGUUCCCGCGGCUGAGGAUGCUGGCGCUGCUGGGGCUGCCCAAGCUGGAGGCCGUCCGCGUCGAGGGGGAGUGCGAGUUCCCGGAGCUCCGGCGGCUGCAGACCAGGGGAUGCCCGCGGCUGCGGAGGAUACCGUUGCGGCCGGCGUGCGGGCAGCAGGGCAACGUGCGGAUCGAGUGCGACAAGCACUGGUGGAACGCGCUGCAGUGGGCGGGCGACGACGUCAAGUCCUGCUUCGUCCCCGUGCUGUAGUACGCGGAGUUGCAAUUUUGGAGCCGGUUGAUUUGUUUGACGAUUACACCCAGAUUGGGUUGCAAUUUGCAGCAAGGUAAGGAACAGAUGAUGAGUGGAGACUUGGGGAGUAUCAUUGAGACAGUAAUAAGAGGUCUGUUUUUAUCUUCUGGAAUUUUCCUUUUAUUUGAGACGAUUCCAUUUUUUUGUGUCAAAUUUGCUGCAUGCUAGCAGUUGGUUCACGUUUGAUGCAUUACUCAACCAUGAUACACUGUAUGUUUGCUCAAAGUUUAUGCUAAUGUCCCAUUUGUGACGCGAAAUUUUCCAGGUUUACACGAAGAAAUUAGUUUCCAUCAAAUACGUGCAAAAUUCAUGUGAAGUACGGAGCCGACGUUCUAAACGGGCCUUAACUUA